CAUAUCUGCACCAAAACCUCGUCCGACCAUCAUGCAUCAGAUGCCAUCAAGAUUCGUCCCUCGACAGCGCUAGCACGCUUUAGCUCGCUUCAAGUGAAGAAUCACGUCAUUCCAAAUGCAGAUACUCAGCAUGACUCUGACCCACAAGAUGAUUUGCUGUUUCAUUCUGAAUGUGUUGGUUUGCUUGAUGCUACCCGAGGCAGAUUGGUUCUGCAGUGACAUUUGCAUUAGUGGCACCAGCUCUCAGAGGAAGACUUUUUUUAAAUCUAAGAGUCGUAUAUGCUCGUCUGUACGAUGCCAGGCUAGGAUGUUCGGCAAUACAUGUUCGUCGCUCGCCCGCUGUUCCCCCGUGGGAAUUUCCACACGCCCUAGGGGUAUGCUAAAUUUGGUAAUUUUUGCUGUACCAGAACCUGAGGUCGUAACGGUGUGAGCAUGGUGGCCUCAUGUACAUUUUCUCUCGAGCGGGUACCUCUUGGAGUUUUAGCGACGUUUCAGUUUUUACUCUGAGUCGUCCUAUCAGCUAGAAAUUUUGGACAUACACAGAUGGCCCCAGGGUUGGCUCGGAACAUCGUUAUAUUUGGAGAAACAGGAGCGGGCAAAAGCUCCGUCAUCAACCUGAUGGCUGGUCAACAGAUUGCGCACAUAGCGCCCGACUCUCACGUCUGUACUCUGCAUUGGACGG